AGCCACGUCCCCAAGCCACGUCGCUCUUUAUUCGCCAUUUUCCCGAUUUGUAAGGCUAGAAUCACACUAUUGUAGCUUCUCGCUGAUAUUCACCACUACCAGGAUAAAGGAAAAACUAAGUGUUAUUGGAGACAACCGGAACACGCUUAUGGGCGUAAGAUUGGUCUGCGAGUAAAGGCGCUAGCUUAAACAUGAACAUUUUCAGGCUAACCGGCGAUCUGUCCCACCUAGCAGCUAUCAUUAUUCUGCUGCUAAAAAUAUGGAAAACCAGGUCCUGUGCCGGUAUUUCCGGAAAGAGUCAGGUUCUCUUUGCCUUGGUGUUCACCACUCGGUACCUGGACCUCCUCACAUCCUUCAUUUCCCUCUACAACACCACCAUGAAGGUCAUUUACAUUGGAUGUGCAUACGCCACCGUGUACCUGAUUUAUAUGAAGUUCAAGGCCACCUACGACGGGAACCACGACACAUUCAGAGUGGAGUUCCUGGUGGUGCCAGUUGGCGGACUGGCGUUCCUCGUCAACCAUGACUUCUCUCCCCUGGAGAUCCUGUGGACCUUUUCCAUCUACCUGGAGUCGGUGGCUAUCCUGCCCCAGCUCUUCAUGAUCAGCAAAACGGGUGAAGCGGAGACCAUCACCACCCACUAUCUGUUCUUCCUGGGACUCUACAGAGCCCUCUACCUCUUCAACUGGAUAUGGAGGUUCUACUUUGAGGGAUUCUUUGACAUGAUCGCCAUUGUGGCUGGAGUGGUGCAGACCAUCCUCUACUGCGACUUUUUCUACUUAUAUGUAACAAAAGUGCUCAAAGGAAAAAAGCUGAGUCUGCCAGCUUAAGUGCCAAAGAGGAGCGUUUGGGCAGACUCAAAGCAGGGGCCUCCGACGGGGGGAGGAACGGCAGGGGGCACGCCCCCAAAAACCCCCCCCCCCCCCCCCCACCAUCCGCCGCUGCUCUCCACUCGUCCCCCUCCAACCACAGUAAGAUGCCUGAAACAGAGAGCGAGCGGGGGCUGCACCUCCAUCUGCUCCAGAGUCCGUGGAAGCAGAGCCCCUGCGGGGGCCACUCCUCGGUUCUCGGGUUUCUGUUUGAUGCAUCUUGCCUUAACUUUUUUUUAAAACUUUUUUUUAUUUUUUAUUGCUCUGUUUGAAGGAAGGAAGAAAAAAAAAAACGGCACAGGUUUUCUACAUUAAAAAAAAAAAGAUUCGACACGAUGAAUAAAGAGCAGAGGAUGUAAAAUUGCCUACGAUUGGGCAUUUGUACGAUAAUGAAACGGACUACUUGUGGUGGGAUAGAAAUGAGCGUUUGUAAUAGUAUUUGCAACCAAAAUAAAUGUGCUUUCUUUUUCAUGAAUCAAUCUGGGGAGGAAUAUGUCACGUCCUUACGUUGGACAAAAUAUUGUUUGUUUUUACUUUUCUUUUUUUUUACUUGUUUUUUUUUCUUGAAACCAGUAUGCAUUCCCAUGUAAAAAGUUUCAACUUGCCCUUUGAUAGAAUAUAAAUCUGAUAUAGAUGCAGAAAGUUAAAUAUAUUUUAUGUUUAAAUGCCAGCAGAAUAUCUUGAGUCUCAGCUGCCUCUGUGUAUUUUAAUGAUUGGUAUUAAAACAUCUUACAGAAAAUACACACAGAAAGCCCAGGUUAAAAAAAAAAAAAGGUGGCCAAUAAGCUUUUUGUCUUAAUAAAUGAGUCAUAUCUCAAACUAAGUCGCAUCACCUGUAAUUAAACAACAUUGCCAAGCCCCUUUAUUGCAGAAAGCUCCUUUUUAAAUGUUUAAGAUGCAUAAAUUCACUGGUAAUGUGCUGUAUGUAGUUUCACAGCAGAAAGUUCUUUUAGAUACAGAUGUAUUUAUUCUUUUUUUUUUCUUUUUUUCUUGCUGAUUUCCAAUAAACGGAGUCUGUACAAUUAUGUACGUGUUGUGCAUGAUUUUUAA